AUGGUGGGCUCACGCGGCUGGGGCUUGCAGAUCAUUUUUCGCCGCUACGAUCGCGAUGGCUCGGGCACGAUCUCGGCCUCCGAGUUGACCGAGGUCGCCUACAAAAUGGGCCAUCCCAUGACAGAGGAGCAAUAUCGGUUCCACGCUCCCUGCGCAGUGGAUGGCAGCGGCGAACUCAACUACAGCGAGUUUAAGCGCUGGUGGGCUAACAAAGACCGCUUCACCCAGUUGGAGGAUCAACCUGCGCAUGAAGACGAGCAAGCUGCCGAGCAAGAUAUGGCAGCAGCUGCGGCCUGGACAAAAUGGGUUGACUCAGUCGUGGCACACUUUGAGUUCUUCGACAAGGAUCAUUCGGGCUCCAUCUCUCGUGAUGAGUUUGGCGAGUUAUUUCAGAAUUUGCGCGGCAACGGGUACGACCUUCCAUCCACACCCGAUGCUGCCCUGGCAGUCUUGGACGCCAACGGCGAUGGGUCCGUGUCCUUGCGCGAAUACGUACAGUGGAUGCGUCGAACCGGUUCUCAUUAA